AUGUCGGACUUAUCGGCGACAGUGCCCUAUAGCACAAUUAUUCUAGGAGAUUUUAAUCUCGAUAUCGAUUGGAAGUCCGGUGUAGCCUCCAGUGCUGGCGCCCAAAAAUUUUUAGCAGCUUUCGAGAACCUUUCCCUUCAACAAUGGGUUACAUUUCCAACUAGGGAAGAUAGAACUCUUGACCUCAUUCUAUCAAAUGAGCAUUGCAUCGCAAAUCCUACUCCUCACGCUCCUCUAUCAACAUCAGAUCACAAUAUCGUCUCUUUUAGAAUAUCCACCUUUCGGUUUGAUACUGAGCUGGUUUCUUAUAGAGAUUUCAAGUGUGCGAACAAGGAAAAAAUUGAACAGAUACUUUCCAAUUUUGACUGGAUGCGUUACUUCGAUAACUAUUUGGACAUUGACGAAGUCUAUGGCAGAUUCACUGCCGUUUUACUCGACAUCAUAAAUCGUUACAUACCCCUCCGACAGUACGUUAAGCAUUCUUCUGGUAGAUAUCCCACGCACAUCCGUAAUCUUUUCGAGCAGCGUGAGCGACUCUUUCAGCAACUCUUUCAGCCAUCACAAAAUGCCCUCUUCCUUGAUAUUUCCAAAAAGCUGGAUUUCCAUGUAAAGCGCUUCCUAGCUUUUAGAAUGCGAAAACUGGCUAAGAACGAGAUGACACCGCUAGAAAUUCAUUUCCCAAAUAAGAUUCCGUUGAGGCAUAGUGAGCAAAUAAAAGACUUAGGGAUCAAGCUCUCAAAAAAUCUGAGCUGGAGCAUUCAUGUGGAUGAAGUCAGCAACAGAGCGCUCAGGUUGGUCCAUCUUCUAUUCAGGAAUAUCCAUGGCGUCAAUGUUGACAUGUGGAUUAGGCUCUUCAAAUCAUACAUCCUUCCAAUGUAUCCACCAGGUAGCGCUGUUGCGCUACACCAAGUUAACAAAAAGCCGCCGUACUUGUAUCAGCUUUGCCCUGGUGUCAUACCACCGCUUUCUUAUGGAGAAAUGUACUCAAGUAAACCGAUCGUAGAAACAAUAGUCUAUUGA